AUGUCGGCCAGCGACAAGUCGAGGCAGUCUUCUGGCGGCAAGUCCUUUUUCUCCAGAAACAGGAACAAGGACAAGGACAAAGACAAACGAUUCACAAGCGAUGAAGGUCGCCAUCUCGCUUCGGGCGACAACUACGACACGGCCAGCAUCGCACCCAGCACCCUAGGCUCGCGGUCGUCUCGCCACAACCGCGACUCCUCCAUCGUCUCCGUUGAUCGCGCGUAUUCAGACGACGGCCUCAGUCCCAUGGCUGGUGUCAUGACCAGCAUACCCUACGACAGCGUUCCAGCCGAUUCACGAUCCCCGAUAUCCGUCGACUACCUACCCAAGCCCGACCAGGCCCCGGUGCGCCGCGAACUGCUACCUCACCAGCUGAACAAGGCGACAAGCGACUUUCACCAAUACCCCAACAUUGACCCUUCCGCAAUGCAGCCCGUCGCCGGAUCCCAUCUUUCGGCGGCACGGCCGUCUGCCGGUCCUGGUGGGACCAACAUCACCAUGGCCACGACCGGCCGCCAGACCAUGUUGCAACAGUGGGGGCCAGGCCCUGCACGCAGUAGCGUCGCGAGCACGGUGAACGGCGCUCACAAUCCCAGAUACGAUUCCUACAUGACCUCUGCAGGUCGCAAUUCAGCUGAUCAUUCCAGCGUCUUCUCAGGUAAUGGAGGUACCCACGAAAUGACAGCAGCCCGCUCAUCAAAACUAGCACUGCCGAGUGCUUCGUCACAGAGCUCCUUCUCGCCGCACCAGUCCUACUACAGAGACUCGCACCGUCUGACGAAAUUCCCCGGCAUGAUGAGCGCCCCUCCCACCGGCGGCGGCCACGAGAGCUUUUACUUCCCUAAACCGGACGAUGACCAUGUCAUCGAUCAAAUGUUCCUCGCCCUGAUGCAGAAGAGAGGAUGGCAUAACCUCCCGGAGCAGGCCAAACGCCAGAUGGUCGCAUAUCCGGCUUCCAAGAAAUGGACCCUGCUGCACCAGGACCGCCUUGCCGAAUGGCAAGGCGAGCAGAAGAGGAGGCAGACGGCAAGGCCAAACCAGUUCCCCGGACAGUUUGCGACCCCAGAUAUCCUAGUAUCCUCCGACGAGGAAGGUUCCCCGGAAUGGUACGUCCGACGCGUGAUGGACAACAGCUUGGACACGAAGGGACUGGGGAGCCUCGAAGUCAACCUCAGAACCCAACAAAUAGGAUGGGUCAAGCGCUUCAUCGAGUGUCAGGGGCAGGUGGCCAUGACAAACGUCUUGCUCAAGAUCAACCGGAAGACGGCUCUGGGCCCGGCGGCUCCCGACCAAAAGGGUCCCGAUCGAAACCUGGAUCGCGAAUAUGAAAUCAUCAAGUGUCUCAAGGCCUUGAUGAACAACAAAUUUGGCGCCGAUGAUGCCCUGGCUCACCAGCAGGUUGUCAUAUCACUUGCAACAUCACUCAUCUCCCCACGACUCAUGACAAGAAAGCUGGUCAGCGAGGUGUUGACAUUCCUGUGUCACUGGGCCGAUGGGCAAGGCCAUCUCAAAGUCAUCCAGGCAUUGGAUGCCGUCAAGAGCCAGGCAGGUGAGAAUGGACGAUUCGACGCCUGGAUGCGCCUGGUCGAGGUCACUGUCGAUGGCCGCGGCAAGAUGGGCAGCUUGGUUGGUGCGAGCGACGAAGUCCGCAGCGGCGGCAUUGGCAUGGAGAACCUGCUCAUGGAAUAUGCCGUGGCCACGAUGAUUCUCAUCAACAUGAUUGUCGAUACGCCAAGGGAGCUUGAAAUGCGGAUACAUAUCAGAGCCCAGUUUCUGGCUUGCGGCAUCAAGAGGAUCCUCACCAAGAUGGAGUCGUUCCAAUACGAUCUCAUCGAUAAGCAACUCGAGCGCUUCCGAACCAACGAAGCUAUCGACUACGAGGAUAUGCUCGAGAGGGACAACAGCAGCAUCAAGGACUCCAUCGAUGCCGAGGUCAAGGACCUGAACGACCCCGUCCAGAUUGUUGAUGCCAUCCAGCAGCGGCUUCAGGGCAGCAAGACCCAAGACUACUUCCUCUCGGCGCUUCAGCACCUGUUGCUCAUUCGCGACACGGAUGGCGAGGAGCGCCUGCGCAUGUUCCAGCUCGUGGACUCCAUGUUGAGCUAUGUAGCGAUGGACCGCAGGUUACCGGACAUGGACUUGAAGCAGAGCCUCAACUUUACCGUCCAAAGUCUUUUGGAUAAACUGCACACCGACUCGGAGGCCCGACAAGCUCUCGAUGAAUCUGUGGAGGCGCGGCAGAUCGCAGAUGCCGCCAUGGCCGAGCGCGACGAGAUGAAGGCUCAGCUCGAAUUGGGCGCCGACGGCCUCGUGGCGAAGCUUCAAAAACAGCUCGAGGAACAGCAGAGGUUCAUCGAUGCUCAACGGCGACAAGCGGAGGGGCUCAAGGCCGAACUCGAGAACCUCCAGACUGUGCGUCAGAAAGAAGCACAGCGCAACGAGCUGGAGACCCGAGAGCUUUACCUUAUGCUCAGAGAUGCGCAGGAUGUCGCGGCAUCCAACGCCGCCAAGGGCAACAGUAAAAUCCCAGCAGAGGACCCGACACGUAUGCAGGGCAUCCUCGACCGUGAACGCCUCAUGGAGCGUCUGCAGAUGCAGAUUGAGCGCCAGAAGACGCAAUUCAAGCUCGAAGGCAGGGUAUGGGGGGACGCCGUGGGACCGUCUGACCGUCUGCGGGCACUGCGUGAAGAGAUGGACGACGGCAGUGGCCCUCAGGGCGCCGGCACACCGCCAAGGGACUUUACCAACAGCAUGCUGGGCAGCGUCCAACGCCACACCAAGAUCAGCCGCAAGCCGGUCGGUCCUCGCACUGGCGGCGGUGAAGACGAUCUGGCCGAGGAUGGCGAGGACGACGAUGUCGUCUAUGAGGUGCCCCGUAUGGUCGAGAUCAGGAGGCCCGUCGUGGAUGCCAAACAGCAAGCCGCCCUUCACGGCGAAAUGGCCAACAAAUUCAAAAAAUACGACGCCAGCGACUCGGAGGAUGGCGAAGGUACCACGACGGAGUCCGCUCCGCUCGUCACACCAGCAGGUGCCGAUACGCCCAAGAUCGAAGUCACCAGCGCCGCUCCGCCCCCGCCACCUCCACCCCCGAUGCCCGGCCAAGGUGGCGCACCCCCUCCGCCUCCGCCUCCGCCUCCACCACCUCCUCCUCCUCCUCCUCCUCCUCCGCCCCCGAUGCCCGGCAUGCUCUCUCCUGGCGGUGGGCCACCACCGCCGCCGCCGCCUCCCCCUCCUCCGCCAAUGCCGGGUGCGCCUGGUAUGCCUCCGCCGCCGCCGCCCCCAAUGCCUGGCGCGAUAUCUGGACACUUCCUGUCGCAGAACACGGCAAGCUUUUCCACAGGACCCUCGAUCGGGCUGCCCGUGGUUCGGCCCAAGAAGAAGCUCAAGGCCCUCCACUGGGACAAGGUCGAUUCGCCAAUGGCGACGCACUGGGCCGCUCAUACCCCGUCUGCGGAGGAGCGUGAGGAGAAGUAUCUCGAGCUCAGUCGCAAGGGCAUUUUGGACGAGGUCGAGAAGCUCUUCAUGGCCAAGGAAACGAAAAGACUCGGCCAAGGUGGUGCGAAGAAGGAUGACAAGAAGCAGAUCAUCUCUGCUGAUCUGCGCAAAGCGUUUGAAAUCGCACUCGCCAAGUUGUCACAGAUCUCUGUCGAAAAGAUUGUGCAGAUGAUUAUACACUGCGAUAACGAUAUCCUCAAUAACAACGUGGUCAUGGAUUUCCUACAGAGGGAGGAUCUCUGCAACAUCUCGGACAAUACCGCCAAGCUUAUGGCACCCUACAGCAAAGACUGGACCGGUGCCGAGUCCGACAAGGAGAACAGGGAGCAGGACCCCGAGGAGCUCACACGGCAGGACCAGAUCUACCUGUUUACUGCGUUUGAGUUGCACCACUACUGGAAGAGCCGAAUGCGCGCGCUGGCCUUGACGAAGAGCUACGAGACGGACUACGACGAGAUCACGGACAAGAUUCGCAAGGUCAUGGCCGUCUCCGAAUCGCUGCGAGACUCGGUGUCUCUUAUGAACGUUCUCGGUCUCAUUCUCGAUAUUGGCAACUACAUGAACGAUGCCAACAAGCAAUCUCGCGGUUUCAAGCUCAGCUCCCUGGCGCGUCUGGGUAUGGUCAAGGACGACAAGAACGAGUCGACGCUCGCUGAUCUGGUCGAGCGCAUCGUGCGUAACCAGUACCCCGAGUGGGAGAACUUUGCCACCGACAUUGGUGAUAUUGUGGCGGUGCAGAAGAUCAACAUUGAGCAGCUGCAGUCCGACGCCAAACGAUACAUGGACAAUGUCCGCAACGUCCAGAUGUCGCUCGACUCGGGCAACCUCAGCGACUCGAAGAAGUUCCAUCCCCAGGAUCGCGUGGGGCAGGUGGUCCAGAGGCACAUGAAGGAUGCGCGCAGAAAGGCCGAAGAGAUGGAGCUCUACCUGGAGGAGAUGUCCAAGUCGUACAACGACAUUAUGACCUUUUACGGCGAGGACCCCACGGACGACAACGCGCGGCGAGACUUCUUCUCGAAGCUGGCGUCGUUCCUCACGGACUGGAAGAGGUCGCGCGAGAAGAACAUGCAGUACGAGGAGACACGAAGGCGUAACGAAGCCUCGAUGAAACGCAAGCAUGCGCAGCUCAAGGUGACGGGUGGCGCGGUCGAGGGCGCGCCUCCGUCCCCGUCGAGCACGGGCGCGAUGGACUCGCUGCUCGAGAAGCUGCGCGCAGCGGCACCCCAGACGCGCGACCAGAGAGAUCGACGGCGCAAGGCGCGUCUCAAGGACCGGCACCAGGUCCGCGUGGCCUCGGGCCAGAAGAUCCCCGACCUCAACGAGAUACCCGAGGUGGAGGCGGCGCUCCAGACAAAGGAGGCCGUCAUCGACGAAGAAGGAAGCGUUGUCAGCCCAGGGCUGUCUUCGCCCCGGGAGGGCGGAGAGGACGAUGUGGCGGCGCGCGCGGCGCUGCUCUUGCAGGGCAUGCGCGGUGGCGAUGGAGCGGACGACGACGACCCUGAGAAGAGGGAGAGCAUCCGCCGAUCGAGGCGGCAGACGGCAGAGGAAGAGAGGAAGAUGAGGAGGAGGAGACGGGAAAAGGCCAGCACGGUGAGCUCGAGCGACGGCGGCGACGCGGCGACGCAGGCCGAGACGAGCAAGGAGGAUAUACCCCCGACACCAACCAUUGAAGAGACCCCGGCAGAGACGUGA